CCGGAGGCGCCCCGGGCUGGGAGCAGCCGGCGGAGCCGUCCGCGCGCGGAGCCGGCAAGAUGCUGCUGUCCCUGGUGCUCCACAUGUACUCGAUGCGCUGCGUGCUGCCGGCCGCGGUGCUGCUGGGCACGGCGCCCACCUACGUGCUGGCCUGGGGGGCCUGGCGGCUGCUCUCCGCCUUCCUGCCGUCCCACUUGUACCAGGCGGUGGAUGACCGGCUCUACUGCGUCUAUCAGAGCAUGGUGCUCUUCUUCUUCGAGAACUACACCGGCGUGCAGAUAUUGCUCUAUGGAGACUUGCCAAAAAACAAAGAAAACAUAAUAUAUUUAGCAAAUCAUCAAAGCACAGUUGACUGGAUCAUUGCUGACAUUUUGGCCAUCAGGCAGAAUGCUCUUGGACACGUACGCUACGUGCUGAAAGAUGGGCUAAAGUGGCUUCCGCUGUACGGGUGUUAUUUUUCUCAGCACGGAGGGGUCUACGUGAAGCGCAGUGCCAAGUUCGACGAAAAGGAAAUGAGAAAGAAGCUGCAGAGGUACAUGGACGCACAGACUCCAAUGUAUCUUGUGAUUUUUCCAGAAGGAACAAGGUAUAAUCCAGAACUAACAAAAGUCAUUUCAGCUAGUCAAACAUUUGCUGCUAAAGAAGGCCUUGCAGUAUUAAAACACGUGCUGACACCGAGAAUAAAGGCAACUCACGUGGCUUUUGAUUCUUUGAAGAGUUAUUUAGAUGCCAUUUACGACGUGACAGUGGCUUUCGAAGGGACGGUCGACGGUAAAGGGCAGCGGAAGGAAGCCCCGUCCAUGGCUGAAUUUCUCUGCAAAGAAUGUCCAAAAAUUCACAUUCACAUUGACCGCAUCGACAGAAAAGAUGUUCCGGAAGAACAAGCAUGUAUGAGGAGGUGGCUUCACGAGCGCUUUGAAAUAAAAGACAAGUUGCUCAUAGAAUUUUAUGAUUCACUGGAUCCAGAAAGAAGAAACAAAUUUCCGGGGGAAAGUGUUAAUUCUAAAUUAAGUCUCAAGAAGACUUUGCCGUCGUUUUUGAUCCUCAGUGGGUUGACUGCUGGUAUGCUCAUGACGGAGGCUGGAAGGAAACUCUAUGUAAAAACGUGGAUUUACGGAACCUUGAUUGGCUGCUUGUGGGUUAGUAUUAAAGCGUAAACAAGCGGCCGUCCGCAGGCGGUGGCAUGUGCUAUGUGGUUUAUUAUUGGCGGCCACACGGGACGUCACCUUGUUUCCUGAGUUUAGUAAGAGGUGUAAAUAAAGCCUUGUUGACGGAACACUGGAUGAGAUCGAAUAUUCCCGACUGAAGCCGACACGCAGGCGGCCUCGGGCCAAGCCGCCGCUGGAGAGGGGGCGCCGGGCAGUGUGCGCUGCCCUUGGCGUGUCCUGUGCGCCGGCGUUGUCUUCAGAGACUAUUACGAUUGUGCGCUUUGUCGUCGUUUCCUAAUUCAGAGAGCUGCGUUCAUGAACAUUAAUUUGCGGUCUGUCUCACUGUAUUUGCUACUUUUAAUUUUUUACAACUUGACUAGUCCAGACUCUCAUCACUGAAGUGUGCAGUGUCUCGCAGCUGUGUAAUAUUUUGCCUUUUGCUUAAUUUCUCCAAGUGGAGGAAAGAAACUGCAUUUGUGUAUCCAGGACACAAGGAAAAGGCAAGAAAUGUCUGUGGGGAAGAAGGUGUGGUUUACGCAUGCUUUUCUUGUAGUGGGUUCUUAGCUGAUUUUACUUUCUGUUUGCAAAGUGAUUAACAUUUCUAAUAUUUAUUGAAGCGGCUUAAUUUGCACACCCUGUGUUGUACACAAAGGAAUAAUGUGUCAAAUGUGAGAGUUAAGUUUGGGUCGGCGGCGUGGCCUGGGCGUGCCGCAGCAGACUGUACGCUGCCCGGCGUCCUGGGGCCUCGGCCCCUGCCAGGCUUCCUCACGGACCUCAGGCUGCUUGUUGUUCUUACAUCAAAGUCAUCGGUGUGAGCCUUGCUUGGACCGAGUCCACAGACACCUGAGGGGACGGGAGCCUCGAACGCCGACUACAUUUACUGGCACGUGCUUUCGGCCUACAUUUCUCUUGGGUUUAGCAGAAGUCAUUUUGUUUUCUGUCAUCAUGGUUGGUUUCCACUGCGUUUGCGUUCUUGUCCUUUGGAUUCCUGGCGGUGCGCUGCCAGGGCCUGGCAUGGGACGGGCACAGGGGAGUUGGGCCGAGCUGUCGGCCUGGCCCGCCGCGGGCUGUGGGCUGGACUUGGCCACUUACGUGCUUUUGAGCACCCACCUCCAGCCCCCGCCUGGCUGCGGCAAAGGUGCUCGGCGGGCUCCUUCCUCAAGCCAGGGAAUCCCAGGCUCAGUCCAUCAGGCCUGAAUGGAUUCGUGGAGUCCCCCCCAGUUUUCAUGGGGUACGCAGUUCAUCCGUGUCACCUCAGAACAAGAGCUGUUUUCAGGAGCCCAGUCCCACCAUUCAUCCCACUCCAGUGGCGGAGUCGCUGUGGCCUGGGGAAGGGCACCUUGGGGGCCUACUCUGUUUUAUGUUCUAACUUAAACUGGAUCGUUGCCUACGAGUCCUUUAAAGUAUCAUUUCUGCCUAAUGGAUUUUUAUGGUCAAAUUGGGUCAGUGCCCCCAGCUGGAACACCCCAACUGAACCUUGAUGAGCAGAAUGAAAAUAAUGAAUAAAAGGAAUUUUGUCUGACUGACUCUCCAGACCCAGAGAGCAGGCCAUGUCCGCACCUUUGAAGACCUGGGUAGUAGGAACGGGGGUGUGUGUGUGUGUGUGUGUGUGUGUGUGUGUGUGUACACAGGCCCACAGGAUAUGGUUGGUCUCCUUAUGCACGGGGGUGUAGGGAAAACUUCGGAAAAGUGUUCUCUUGCCAAAUUGUCAUUUCCUCUUACCUGUAAAGUGAAAUUUAAAUUGGUCUCAUGUCUUUGUUAAUACUUUUUUUUAAACAGUCCUAAAGUUAGAACUGAUUUCUCAUUUGAUCGAAGUAAAUGAACGUUGUGUGACUCACUUUGGUUAUCAUGGAUAUGCUCUAAAUUUAAACUUUAAGAAGAAGUAUCAUGGAAUUACGUUGAUUAUAACUGAUUUUAAGAAGUUCCAGUGAAUUCCGUAAGGUCACUUUGAACUUAUGUCUCUUAUGACCAUACUUAUAUUCUCACAAAAGUUCUAUAAAAUAUUUGUUAGUUUCAAAGUUUUGUAUUAAAAUAUUUGGAAAAUUAGAAGCUUCUUUUUAACAUGUGUUGAUAGGACUUGAAUUCUUAUUUUCUAAAACGAAGAGCUCUGUAUCUCUCUGUAAAUCUUUUCACAUAUCUUAAGCCUUUGUUUUUGUUAUUAUUGUUGAUUUGCAGUUUAGUUAUUACUUAAUUUUUCUUUAUAAGAAUGCCAUCAAUGUGCAUGCUUUUAUGUUUUCCAGAAAAGGGUGUGUUUGGAUGAAAGUAAAAGAAAAAAUAAAAUCUUUCACUGUCUCUGAUGUCUGUGCUAUUUAACAUUUCAUGACCCGGAAGUUGCCCGUUGGUCUUCUGUUACAUUGAGUAGGCCUUAUGGCUGGUCCUGCAUUCUGAAUUUAUAAAAUUACAAUCGUUUUUCUUAAAUAUUGAACAAGUUUAAGAAAUACAGUACUCAAAAUUGUGAGGCAAUAUAUUAGUUGUGUUAUAUAAACCCACCUACAUGUUUUGUGCAAUGACUAUAACAGGUAUUAAUUGCUUGAGAAUUCUGAAAUCAUUAGGGCAUCUCACUGAGACUUGUCCACAGCCUGACCGGAGCCAGGUCGGUAGGGAAAGUGCCAGUCUGGCUACUCCUUACAUCAUACCUACUGACUUCUUCCACGUAUUUCAUUUCCAUGUGCUGUUUUUCAUUUAUAGUUGUACCAACUGUCCUUUGUAUCCAGAUUCUGUAAGCUUUAUUUUUCCUUCGUAACGUGUGGUUUACUUUUCCGUUCACUGAAUAGAUCUUUGUCAGUACAGCAAUCUUUUUAAAUAGACGGACCAUUAUAAAAAUACAGUAUUUACAAACUUUGCCCCCCGCCCCCACAUGUGUCCGUCAGAAAUGGAUGCCGAGGAGGUGCCGGUUACUAUCAGACUCACCUUUAAGCCUGAGAAGUGUGUGUCGCAGUGCGGGUUCAUGUGCACGAGUGUCUAGUGCACGUGGAUGUUAAGGUAGCCGUAUUUGCCCUUGAAGUAGUCGAUGGACGGAAAUACGGCCAUGGCAGAUGCUCCGGUUACUACCUGUAGUAACACGUCUUUGUAAGCAGGAUUCGGGAGGGAGGACGAAGUGAGACCAGUUUUUACUGUGAGUUUCACAUCCUUCAGAGGAAAGAUGGGCUCACUCGGAACACUGCGUCGCCAUUUAGUGUAUUCGGCAUCACACAACCCUUAGACUGAUAAUUUGGAAACAUUCAGAUAUCGGAUAUUAGGUAUUUGAUAGUAAUAUUUUGAUUCAGGUAUUUGAUAGAUAAAAUAACCACGUAAUCAAAUUUAAACUUCAUUCAGAUGUUUUGAAGUCCUAGAUCCGCAGUUACUGACUUAUUUCACUUUAGUUAUGACUCCACAUCAUCCCCAGGAGAUCGUUUGAUGCCGUUUCCAAUUUGUGGAGAAUAAAGUAAAUCCAUUACUUUUUCCAACCGGGACAACAUUCUUGGUGUAGUCGUGCUUGGGGUCAAAGAGACAAAUAUCUUACCCUGAGCAGGAAGAAACCAAAAAGUUAUUGUUCAGAAAGCCACUUCAGAUAGAAAGAUGAGGUAUUUCUGUUAUUAAAGGAAAAUACCCUGUAGAUGGUAAAAACUCACAGUGAAUGUUUUCUGAGGGUCAGUUAUUCCAUCCAAAUUACUAAUGGCUCAUGAUUUUGUGUAAGAAAGACCUGUUCUGCAAUCUUAUUUUUAUAAAUCGUCUUAAAAAAAAAAAAGAUGCUACUGAUACUGUGUGUUCAGCGGGAGAGAAUAUUUGACCAACAGUCUUGUCUCCUUAUGGUGUGUUCGGAAUAAACUGUGAUUUAUGUUCUCGA